CUGGGAAGUCCUCUACUGGUGGAGAGUGAGUGAGUGAGAGAGAGAGAGAGAGAGACAGAGAGAGAGAGAGAGAGCAUGUGUGUGCCACAAGUUAAAUAGACAGCAAAAGCGAGUGUGUGAGAGAGACAGAGAAAGUGUCACAAGAGAGAAACAAAAAAGAACGAGCACGCGGCUUUUGAAGGGUUAUCUUCUACAAAGCACACCAACCGGCGCUUUGGGAAUUGUGUGUGUCAUCCUGAGAAAUCUGUGCGUGGCAUUACUGUCACACACACAUACACACCCACGCAAACUGGCAGUCAGUCUGAGAUCUGAGAGAUUACUGACUAGGACUCCUGCAGAUGACAUGCAGUCUCAGAAAAGAGUGGAGGAGUAUGACCAUCUGAAUGGCUCACGGAUCAUUUUCUCAGAUGAGGCUCUUCCCAGCAGUGGAGUGAACCAGCACUUCACGACUCCAGAUAUGACACCAGAAGUUGUAGUGAUCUCUCCUGGUCUUCCUACACCUCCCUUAAGUCCAUUCCACAACAGUUCAGCUCCUACAUCUUUGCAACACAAGGUUGCUGAUGUCAAUGGAGGUGGAUUCCCAACACGUGGUUAUGGAUCAUACUAUGGUCCUACACAGGCAAACAAUGGAUUGUCUAAUGGUGAAAUGAAAAGUGGAGGCUCUGCCACGUUGCCCCGGACUUCUGCCCCACGAGAUGAGCGACUGAUAAAGUUCUCUGGAAUCGGCCCUGUAGAUGAAACAGGCAUGCCAAUAGCAUCUCGAUCUAGUGUAAACAAGCCCAAGGACUGGUACAGGAGCAUGUUCAGACAAAUCCAUAAGAAACCAGAAGAGACUGAGCUUGACUGGAGAGAACAAAGGUUGUCAUCGUCUUCGUCCUCAGACUCUGCCCAGCAGGAUGGGCAUUCAGAUCCCUUCAUGUUUACCCAGUACGGAGCCCUGCCUGACUGGGCUGAUCUGGGCGACAUAGGGAAGCAUCCAGAGCCGAAGAGCAUUUUUGACUUUGAGCCUGGAAAAGGAGCAGCGUUGGAGGAUCGUACUCAGUCACUGAGGCCUGAGUCACACUCACCCUUAAAUCACACAUCGGUGAAACCCAAGUCCCCCUCCAUAGAGGCGACACUGGUGUCGGAGCUGUAUCGUUUUGAGGCGGAGCUGGACUCAGACAUUCGUGGUCUGGAGAGAAAUCUGUCACAGAAACAGCUGCAGCGGCAAGGCAGGGGUGAGGGACAUAAACCCAACACAACAAGCUCAGGGACACAAGAGAAAAGACAGGAGAACCGCUCUCCCAUAAUUCCCUGUUCUGCUGUAAAGCACGGCACAACAGCGAGCUUCACACAUGCUGAUGAUCGUGUAACCUCUAUGUCAGAGACUAUGGAUUUUCCUCCUAAGAAAGAAGAGAGGAAGAUGAAAGCAGCACGAGCCAAAUUUAAUUUUCAAGCACAGUCCUCAAAGGAGCUGACCAUACAGAAAGGUGAUGUUGUGUACAUACACCGACAGGUGGACGGCAACUGGUAUGAAGGAGAGCAUCACGGGAGAGUGGGAAUAUUUCCCACUAGCUAUGUGGAGAUUAUUCCUGCAACAGAGAAACCCACUCCAAUAAAGACGCCCACCAUCCAGGUGUUGGAGUACGGAGAGGCAGUAGCCCUCUUUAACUUUAAUGCUGACCUGCCCGUGGAACUGUCAUUCAGAAAGGGUGAGGUGAUCUCUAUAACCCGUCGUGUAGAUGAUCACUGGCUGGAGGGUCGCAUCGCAGGCACCACGCGCAGUGGAAUCUUCCCCAGCAACUACGUCCAGGUCAACAAAAUGCCUCGCACUAAAACCAGUGACGAGUUUCCCACCUCGCCUCUUUCCCCUACCGCAACCUCAGAGACCCUCAGCCCUGGCCGGCCUCUGCACUCCCCCCUUUCACCCUCCUCACUAUCCUCUGAACCCCAGCUUUCACCUUACAAACACUCCUCCAUGCAAUCACGCUCCUCUCUGUCACCUGCACUGCCCACCUCCACCAAACAGCCAUCCAACCACUUUGUUUACUCGCCUAGCCCCACUUCAUCCACCCCAGGAUCACUGCACUCUCACAGCCCACUGGAUAUGGACACCAGAUCACCUGUGUCACCAUCCAAUCAUGUGCUGACAUCUCCCCAGGGCCCGGGACUGCCAUUGAACACCAGCGCUAACCCUCAGCACAUCAUACAGGAUGGAACCAGAACAAAGUCUCCACAGCUGAAAACACAGGUUAAAUUACCUUCCACAUCACAAUCACACUUGAAAGUUGGUUCUACAGUCAUUCCACGACAACCGUUUAAAGCGGUUUACAACUAUAAACCCCAAAAUCGAGAUGAGUUGGAGUUGAGAGAGGGAGACAUCGUUCAGGUGAUGGAGAAGUGUGAUGACGGCUGGUUUGUAGGUACGUCUGAACGGACUCAAGCUUUCGGAACAUUCCCUGGCAACUAUGUGGCACCAGUUUAAGAGCUUCAGCUUAUUCUUCCAAGCACAUUUUUGUCCUUAGCAAGCACAGCCACUGUCACUGCAGGCUCAACCACUACAGUCCAUACUGUCACUGUAAACUCUACACAACACUACUGCCCCUCAUUACACACAUAUGUUUAUAAAAACCAUAUCCACCACUUCUUAUCUACCAAGUUAUGCAUGUGCACUCCUCACCUUGAGAACACUCUUGCCCACUAUUACAGAUGUUGGACACAAAAGGGUUUUUUCUCAGUAUGUCCACCCAUGUUUUGUGAUGACACCACACUGCAUGGUGCCUUGAAGAUCCUUCAAAAAAACAUUUAUAUAAAAAAGCACCAGAGACUGGAUUUUGGGCUGUUGAAUAACCAGACGUUCUUCUAAAGAACACAGCUGAAAUGUAUUUCUCGAUUGUAACAUCUUUGUAAAAUGUACCUCUAUUUUUGGUUUCAGAUUUGUAACAACAUUGCCAUGAACACUACAAAUCCCAAGGAUACAGAGCUAAUAUCUGGAUGUAGACAUGAUCAAAACCAUACAUAUUUUUAUGAUCACAAUUGUCAUUUACUUUUAGCUAGCUUAGCUGUCCGCCACUUCAUAUUAUAGAUUAGGGUUGCGCUGUAUACAGUACUAACAAAAUAUCGUGAUACCAAAAAUUUUAAAACGGUACGAUAUCAUCUUGUGUUAAUUUCGGUAGCAUAUUAAAGUAUGCUGCCAUUAGCAAAAUGUAAUGUAAUGUGAGAGUUUUGAGAUAAAAUCAAAGACCAUUUAAAAAUAAUAAUAUAAAAGCCUCUAUAAUGCCAAAUGUGAUCAUUAAACAUCAGAAGGAUCAUUUUAAUGAAAUAAUAUACAUUCACAUGCGCUGCAUGCCACAAUAUGAAUAAGAGGCACCUCUCUGACCUGUCAUCUCCUACAAACAAACACACACACACACAGGCACGCACACGAACACACACAAACGCAACACUACUAGUGCUUGAUUUUCAUGCAGUGUGUCCAAUAGUAUUCAUCUGCAGAGCCACAGAUCAGCAUGUUAUCAGAGUGUAUUAAUCGCUGUGAACUCUAUAAUGAACUCUUUCUCCAUUGCAGCCAUAUACUGCAAUUAUAUACAGUCUAUGGUUGUAGAUUGGCGAUUUCAGCUUGCGAGUCACGGGAAGCUUGAUAUAACAAACUCUUCACAAACAGGGAGAUCUUCAAAGAUCUUUCAAAAUAAACGUCCCGCUGAAAUGAGAGCUCUAUUCAACUGAUUACGGGAAAUUGAAGACAUUACGAUAGAUAAAUAUUACUACUGUAUAAAGUGUAAUAUUCAAAGCAGUCACAAUAUUACUCAGUAACAAUAAUAUAAUAUGAAAUGGUUAUAUUAUCAGAUUAUUAUCUGUAAGCAAUAUCACAUUAGCAAGUUUACUGAAUAUCAGCAUGUUGUGAUUCAGACAUGGCAGCCUUUUGCCUCAGGUAAUCAGAUUGUUUUCAUUUCAUGUUUUCAUUAAUACUGUAAAGCUCUAAUGUGCAUCUUUAUAUAUAUUGUUGAAAAGUAUUAUAUUUUAAUUUGAUUAAAGCUGUACAGUAUGUAUUUGAUCAAACACAAUUUGAUCGUAACAUUUAAUUAAAACAUUUAUCGUGGAAUCCAGAAAACCAAAAAGGCAUAAUUUGUAUCUAUAAGACUUUAUGCAGUUCUUUUAGACAAGUCAUAGUAAUUUCAUAAAAGGUCUGAGGUUUUUUUAUUUCGUGCUUAAGUAUCGGGUUAGUAGGGCUGGUAUUGUACUGAAGCCAAAAUUUUGGUAUCAGAGCAACCCUAUAAUAGACAUAACUAUAUAUAAUAGACUAUCAUUAUUUAGUGUGCAAGCGCUUAACAAAAUUGUCGUCAAGUGUUUUAUCUGUCUGUAAAUAGGUCACAGUUAAUGUGUGUAACAAACUUGGCAUGCAACAUAUUCUAAAAGGUUUUGGAUGGAGAGUGUUGAGGGUAAGUCUGCUGCAGAAUUGGGUUUGAUAUCUUGAGCUGGGUUCCAACCAACUUCUUUAAACCAGGUCUUGGACUCAAAGCCUAUUUAAAUCAAUGCUUUAUUUUAGUGGCUGUAUGAAUAAUUCAUUUUAGCACAUGCAUACUGAUUUCAUUCAUCAAAACGACAUGAUGCAUCACACUAUAUAUUUCAAUCGUGUGCCCUAGCUUGUGAUUCUACAAGUAAAAGAUGACACGUUCAAAACCGGUUCCUAAACAUGAAGUCAUCUGUUUUAUGUCAGAGGCCAUUUGUACGGGAAUCAGAUAUUUUUUCUGUGGGUUUAAGUUAGUCAUACAAAUUGUUGUUGAAGGUGCCAUACAGUAUUCAUUCUAUUAAUCUGAAUCCUGUAUUACCAGCUCACUUAGACGUUCGUCUUUAACUUCCUGUGAACUGAAGUAGCUGACUGCAUUAUGUUGUACAGAUUGAGUUGUUAUCGCAGUUAUUGAAUCAUGGAUAAAAAAGAUAAUAUAUUUUUAUUGCCCACACAAUGUAUUGCAGUAUGUAAGGUACUCACAGAAUUUUGACAAUGAUCAUUAAAUGGUGAAAAAGAAAAUGAGUUGCUUGUUACUUUCACUAAUAGCCUCAUUCUAAAAAUGACAUUUUCCUUGUUCAAAAUCAAAUUGAUUGAAUCUCUUAAAAUUCUAUAAAUACUUGGGUUGUUAUGCCCUAGCUGUCGUUCAAACACUUAUUUA